UCCUCGCAUCCUCGCAUCCUCGCAUCCUCGCAUCCUCGCAUCCUCGCAUCCUCGCAUCCUCGCAUCCUCGCAUCCUCGCAUCCUCGCAUCCUCGCAUCCUCGCAUCCUCGCAUCCUCGCAUCCUCGCAUCCUCGCAUCCUCGCAUCCUCGCAUCCUCGCAUCCUCGCAUCCUCGCAUCCUCGCAUCCUCGCAUCCUCGCAUCCUCGCAUCCUCGCAUCC